UUUAAAUUUUCAAUCAAUAUGAUUCAAGAGUACAAUGGAUUUGGUCAAAACAUUAGUGACCAAAUUUAUAAAUUAUCAACCUUAAGUGAUCUUUUAGGUGUUAAUCCUUGGCUCACCUAACCCCAUUCUAAUGACAAGUUUCGUUGUUCUUUCCAUGAAUCAUGAAUGUGAAUGCUACUUGACACGUUUGACAAGUUACAAAUACGAACCUUUCCUUUCCUUUCCCCAAACAAAGAAUAAAGAAAUGGGGAUAUAUCUUGUUCCAAUUAUCGGACAUUGACGGAUAAGCUUUCAGUCUUCUUCAAUCUUCACGGCCAUUGUAUUGAUACGAAGGGAUGGAUUUUAUACCAACCCAACAUAAAUACGUGACGCCGCUGUCCCGCUGUUAAACUUAACGUCGGCCCGUCACCGAACCCGACCGGCCUCAUCUGGUGCAGGUCUCACUGCUGUUUGUCCGUCUCCUUUUAAACACGUUCCGUUUUCGACUUCCCUUCCUCUCUCCCUCUCUCUCUCUUCUGUCUCACAAAUUGGGGAUCGAAUGUUCAAGUUUCUGUGCUUGGUGGAUUUCAAGCUCCCUCCUUUAGGUAAUUCUCGAAUCUCUGGCGAUUACCCUUUUCAGACUUCUUAGGGUUUGUGUUGGUUUUUGAUUAGAUGGGUUUCCGAAUCUAUUUCCCAUUCCUUUUCCGCCGAAUUCUUGGAGCGUUUCCCUGAUUGAAUUCUAGGGCUGGUUUGUUUGUCCCCGUCAUGAUUGUUUGCGUACUUGCUCUGUGAUUGUUUAUUCAGAGAGCUAUCGGUUAAUCGAUUCACAUUUUGUGCGCUUCCAGUCUCUCCAAAGAGGGAUUCGGGAAAGUUUGUAGCUUUGAACACAACGGAUUGUCUUCCCCCCCUCCGGGAACAAGAAUGAUGUUUGGUAGCUUUUUGUAAGUUUCUUGGUAUUCAUAAUUUGUUGUGGCCUGAGACAAUUCUGAUUGGCUGCUGGGUGACUUUUCCAUAUUGUAUGAGCAGAACUGAUUGGUAGUGUUGCUUUCACCAGAAUGUGUUAUGACUAUAUGGAGAUUCAAUUUUAGCUGCUCAGUCAAUGAUUUGUUGAUUGUUUACCUGAUCUCGGCUUCUUUUUGCCUUCCUCCUGUCCAGGCUCGUGAUGUACUUGAUGCUGCUCUCUUCUGGAUUGUGAAUUCCCCUAUGAGCUAUUGUGAUCUUCCGACUGGGGAAGUUGCGGGCAUUUGAAAUCAUGAAGAGGUUGAUAAGUUGCUUGUUUGGGUUCGUUGACUGAUCGAGGGCUUUCCCAGUUUUGUGGGUUGCAUCAGAUUUUGUAAACAUGUCAGUGACCUUCUGACACGGUCCUGGGAUUUUGAAAAUCCAAACCCAUAUCAAGGAAAUUGGAAACGAAGAGAAGAGAGAGAUGGGGGAAGCUCUCAUAACGACAUUGUCAAUGGAGAAUUAUCACCCUUCUACACUGUUGUCCAUGGAUUCUGGUUCCCUAACCCAUGAUGAUUUGGAGAGGGAGCUGAAUCGACCUUUGAUUCUGUCGAGGCCACCUGAUAUCAAUCUUCCGGUAUCAUCUGAGCCACAUUCGCCUUCUCUGCUGAAUUGGAACGAUCCAUGUGACAUCUUAGAUUUGAGUCAUGCUCCUCCAGUUUAUGAGGUCGAAACUACUGUCAGCGUGCCUAAAGCUUCGAAGAAAUGUACAAAGAGGCUGGACAGUAUCUGGGGUGCUUGGUUCUUCUUUACCUUCUAUUUCAAGCCUGUUUUGAAUGAGAAGUCAAAGUCCAAGAUAAUAAAGGAUAGCAAUGGUAUCUCUGGUUAUGAGAAGUCAGAUCUCUACCUUGAUGCAUUCCUGGUGCAGCAUGAUAUGGAGAAUAUGUACAUGUGGGUUUUCAAGGACAGGCCUGACAAUGCUUUGGGUAAGAUGCAGUUGCGAAGUUACAUGAAUGGGCACUCGCGUCAAGGGGAGCGCCCAUUUCCAUUCAGUGUUGACAAGGGCUUUGUCAGGUCUCACAGGAUGCAAAGGAAGCAUUACAGGGGUCUCUCCAACCCACAGUGUCUUCAUGGUAUUGAAGUUGUGCGCACACCAAAUCUCAUGAGUCUUGAAGAGGAAGAAAGGAAGAGGUGGGUAGAGCUCACGGGCCGUGAUAUAAAUUUCUCAAUCCCUCCUGAAGCAAGUGACUUUGGAUCUUGGAGGACCAUGCCCAAUUCAGAAUUUGAGCUCGAGCGUCCCCCUCUGCCAUUGAAGAUUAAUGGGCAUUUCCAUCCAAGGAAAUUACUUAAUGGUACUGGCUUGAAUCUUUCUACUCAGCCUUCCGACCAUAGUGGUGAAGUGAUGGACCUCUCUCCGGUUUGCAAUAAUAAAAGGAAGAAAGACUAUUCGCCUCAUGCAAAUGAGGAUGAUUGUCUGCAUAAUAAUGGUACCCAUAUUGAGAGGGUAGACAUGAACAUCCAUCCAACUGAGCCAGCAUGGCUCAAUGACUUCAGCGGGGUGAUGAAAAAUGUCCAUGGUCCUGUUACGGCUGCAAAAACUAUAUAUGAAGACGAAGAAGCGUUCUUGAUCAUUGUCAGCCUGCCAUUUGCAGAUCUGGAAAGGGUGAAAGUCACCUGGAGGAACACCAACAGCCACGGAAUAGUGAAGAUAUUUUGUGUAAGUACUGCACGCAUGCCAUUUAUUAAACGGCAUGAUAGGACGUUUAAGCUAACAGAUCCAACUCCUGAGCAUUGUCCACCAGGGGAGUUCGUUAGGGAGAUUCCCCUCCCAAACCGCAUUCCCGAAGAUGCUAAACUAGAAGCCUAUCGUGAUGAGACGGGGACAAUGCUGGAGAUCAUUGUGCCGAAACAUCGCGUGGGGCCAGAGGAACAUGAAGUCCGUGUUUGUCUUCGCCCUUCUCCUUUGAGCGAGCGAUCGUUCAUCGACUUGAAGGAGACAUCAGGUUGAAGCUCUCUGGACUGGUGGUGAAUGUUAGAAUUUGUGGGUUCCUCUGUUUACUGUAAGUGGAGAAUCCAUUCAAUGGUAUUUGGGCACUUUUGUUCUUAGCAUAUUACGAUUUCUCUUCUUUUGUUUUUCCCUUUUCCUUGGGUUCCAGUCUGUAGUUUGAUACAUGAAUCUUCGAUACUUCUAUUAUUGGUGGAUAAUUUAGAUUGUCGUGAACUCGUGAUAUACGGGGGUAUCUUCAUUUCCCAAAGGGAAGGAAUGAAAAAGAAAACUGCAAAUCUGCGAGUGAUUGCUCCCGCGUCAAUCCUUUUUCCUGUUGCCUGAUAGUUCUAUACAUCUGUUUCACUGUAUAUAGCAAGUCCCUUCUCGAGUUCUCGUACUCUAAAGCCUUCCUAGCGGGUUACAGAGUUUUCAUUCUUUUGUAGUAUUCUCUUUGAUUAUGUGAUGAUAAUAUGAAUCUUAGGAGUAGGGAAAGGAAGAUGAAGCAUGAUUAUCCUUGGGCAUUAGAAUGCCUGAGUUAACGAUCUUUGUUACUGUUAGGCGUUAGCCACUUCUCUUCAAUUAGUUUGCAGAAUCUGGAAAUAGGAGUAAUGUAAGGCGCAUCUUCAGCUCUGACUUCUGCUCACUUACACGCCUCUGACUCGGUUUCAGCUUCGCCGCAUCCUCGAUGGAGGGCCGGUGUUCGAAAACCAGUCCAGGUUACCUCCUCCAUGAAAGCGGAAGAGUUCACCUAGAACCAUAUCAGUGAAAAGGCCAGGAGGCGAAAAAAAAAAGGAAGUUGCGGAACUCGAAUCCAACAAGAAGUAACACGGUAGCUUGAUAUUACCAUAUGCCCAAAAAUUCCAACAUUCUUUUACACUAUCUGAAGGACCGCUGUUAUGGCCGCUGGUUUUCGACGGUUCCGUUUCAAACUCGUGCGCUUCAAGACUAUCAUGGCUGUCUCUAUCUGCGGCUAGAUCGUGGUCCAAGCCAGUCAACAAUGGCAACAACAAAAGCACAGCCCCAGGAAGUGGUUUCGACUUUUGAAAAAGGAUGAUAAGAAUUGACCGUAAGCCUUAGCCAAGAGAACAAUCAACAAAGGAAACAAAGCUUUUUUAGUUGGGUUUCAAGUUAAUCAUUCGACGACUAUGAUAUUGCCUUUGCGCUUUUAGAUAUGGGUGUGUGGUUAAUGGGAGGUUAAAUAUUGAUCCACCCGUAAAUAAUUUGAAUUAUAUUAGGUGGAAAGUGAUGUAGGUGGAUUGCGGUAUGAUAGAUUUUCUGUUUGUACUUAUUCGGGUGAGUGAAUUGCAGAUCACCAGAAUAACUUGCAUCCUUAUUCCACCUGACAAAAAAUUGUUUCUUGUUUACACUAUCUAAUAGUCAUCUAUAUCCUAAUUGCAGUGCACACUGACCAUAUACCUAAAAACAAAGAAUAAAAGAGAAUUUUUGGA